UUAGGCUGUAAUUAGGGGAUCUGGGAGGAGAACUUUCCUGGUGACGCUUUGCUUUUCUUCUGCUCUUGGUGAGAAAGUGCCUCCUUCUUCCCAGGAUCAGGACCUCUGCCAUCCAGCGCCACAAAGAGACAUUCUGCGCGCGCACACACACACACACACACACACACACUCUCACACUCGCCCAGAGACAAACUUAAGGUGAGGAGAAAGAGCGCUAGCUUCAGUUGAUCUCCAGCUUCCAACUUAAGCAGAACUUGAGAGCAUCUGAACUCGUGGAUGUCAGGACAAGUGAAGAAGAUUCUUUGGGCUAUAAAGAUGAAGAGUCUACUUCUUCUGGUGCUGAUUUCAAUCUGCUGGGCUGAUCAUCAAUCAGACAACUAUACUCUGUAUCAUGACAGAGUUAUUCACAUCCAAGCAGAAAAUGGCCCCCGUCUACUUGUGGAAGCCGAGCAAGCCAAGGUGUUCUCACACAGAGGUGGCAAUGUUACACUGCCUUGUAAAUUUUAUCGAGACCCUACAGCAUUUGGCUCAGGAAUCCAUAAAAUCCGAAUUAAGUGGACCAAGCUCACUUCAGAUUACCUCAAGGAAGUGGAUGUUUUCGUUUCCAUGGGAUACCACAAAAAAACCUAUGGAGGCUACCAGGGUAGAGUGUUUCUGAAAGGAGGCAGCGAUAACGAUGCUUCCCUGGUUAUCACAGACCUCACUCUGGAAGAUUAUGGGAGAUACAAGUGUGAGGUGAUUGAAGGAUUAGAAGACGGUACUGCUGUGGUAGCAUUGGACUUACAAGGUGUGGUAUUCCCUUACUUUCCACGACUGGGGCGCUACAAUCUCAAUUUCCACGAGGCGCAGCAGGUGUGUCUGGACCAGGAUGCUGUGAUCGCAUCCUUUGACCAGCUGUAUGAUGCCUGGCGGGGCGGGCUGGACUGGUGCAAUGCCGGCUGGCUCAGUGAUGGCUCUGUGCAAUAUCCCAUCACAAAGCCCAGAGAGCCCUGUGGGGGCCAGAACACAGUGCCCGGAGUCAGGAACUACGGAUUUUGGGAUAAAGAUAAAAGCAGAUAUGAUGUUUUCUGUUUUACAUCCAAUUUCAAUGGCCGUUUUUACUAUCUGAUCCACCCCACCAAACUGACCUAUGAUGAAGCGGUGCAAGCUUGUCUCAAUGAUGGUGCUCAGAUUGCAAAAGUGGGCCAGAUGUUUGCUGCCUGGAAACUCCUUGGAUAUGACCGCUGUGAUGCGGGCUGGUUGGCUGAUGGCAGUGUCCGCUACCCUAUCUCUAGGCCACGAAGGCGCUGCAGUCCUACUGAGGCUGCAGUGCGCUUCGUGGGUUUCCCAGAUAAAAAGCAUAAGCUGUAUGGUGUCUACUGCUUCAGAGCAUACAACUGAAUGUGCCGCUAGAGCGCGUCAGUUUUAAAGUCAUUAAGAACAUGUGAAAGGUGGUUUUUUUUUUUCCAAUAUGAACUCAUGAAAGUUACCAAAACUGUGAUAACCCUUUUUUACUUACUGUAAAGAGUCAUUUUCAUAAAGACCAAUUCAUUGAUUUGUUUUUUGUAAAGCUAUCAUUAAAUAUAUAUCAUAAAUUAAUAUAAAUUUAAGGGAAGCUCUACGUAAGGAGACUUUAGAGUCAAACUGUUUAAGCUGUAUCAUCCCAACAAAGUAUCCUUUCAUGAACGGGGCAUGCAAUAGCUUGAGAAUUGCUAGGAUUAAAUUAAGGAAAGUAAAGCUACUCGGAGCAGCAGCUUCCACAAGCACAAACUUUACACAUUUGUACAAUUUUGAAAUGCACUAUAAUAAACAAAUUAGAGGAACAAAUUUGAAAUACAGCCUUCUUUACAUAAACUGAGUUUAUACAAAACUCCGUUUCACAAGGGAGCAAUCUAUACCUUUCUAAAAGUUAAUAUUUCAAGUCUCCGAUAGACAGAAUAUUUUACUCUUUAAAAUCCUGCCUUUUUCACCAAAAAAGAAAACAUUCAUAUGGACUCCAAUGCAUAGUAACAAGCACAGUUAAAAUUCCUUAAUAAUCUCAUUUAUAUGACGUAUGAGACAUAAAUAAGCAGAUAAUAUUUAACCAAUGAAAGACUUCUGCCUUCCUAUAAUUAAAUUACACAUGUCUGAGAAGAAUUGUUUUAUCUUUUGAGUAGCUUUACUGAGUUGUAUUUAAAUUCUAAGGGCCAUUUGCUAAGCAGCAUUUAGCAUCUACUCAGGGCAGUUAUAUAGAUAAACUGCUGGACAGAAAAAUUGUAAAAUUUAGCGGCUUGACUUUCUGUUAGCCUAUGAAAUGUUAUUGUCCUAUAAAAAUAACUUUAAACUUAUUUAAUAUUUCUUAUUUACAUUAUAUGAAAAACAAUUACAUCAUAAAAGAAAUGCCUAAUUCAGAAACAAAGACCCAACUUUCAAAAUUCUUAUUAUUCUUAUUUGUACAUACACUAGAAAUCCCAACUAGUGCCUAUGUUUGGGGGAAAAAAAAUCAACAAUGCAGUUCUAAACCUUAUCCCAAAUAGAAAAUGUGGUUAAUGAUGUCACUUUCCUUGCUGGUCAUCAUUAGGCUUCAAUUAAAUGCUGAAGCUGUCAUCAAAGAGUUUACACUAAAAUCUUCAGGGCUUUAAAUAAAAGGUUAAGUCCAGCUUCAAAACACAACUAUCUACAUUAGCAGCUUCAAUCUUAAAUAAAGCUCUGUUUUCCUAUAUUUUUAUGACUGCUGAGACCCCACAGGGACCAAUAUUUGUACUCAAAUUACGUUUCGUGGUUUCCCAUUAUUUCACAAUGAGUUCUAAUAAAUGGGAUUUACUAUAACAAUCCAAGUAUGACAUAGUUGGUAUGCUUUCAUGAAUGUUUUUAUGUAGAUUUUCCUCCCAUGAACAUGAGUAAAUAAAUCUGUUUCCUGAAUGGAUUGUGGUUGCAUUUAAAGCUCUGUAAUAAUUCUAAUAAAUUUACUCUAUAAAUAUAGAGUUACGUGUGUGGAAGGUAUAGAACAAUUGGAAGUCCAUGAAACCAUAACUAUAAUCAUAUAUUAUUCAGACAAAAUAUUGUAAAUAAAAGUAGAUCCUUUCUUUCAUCAAAAACAGAUCUGAAAUUUUCAGAUGCUUUACUAUUAAAAGAUGACAAUGUUAUGCAUGCACAUUUUUAAGUUAGGUUGGAUAUGCAAAUUGUAGAAAACUAUAAAUCCAAAGAGUUCAUAAGAUUUAAACUCAAACACUCAUGGUAUAAAUAGAUUAAAGAAGAUACUUAAAUGGUCUAGGAUGAGGUUAUACAUUAUUUAAAGAGGGGACUAUCUCCUAAAUAACAACUAUUAACACCUCAAAUGUGGGGGCUAGCUCAUUGGAAGAAGUCCAUACUUGAACUAUUAUUAUGUAUGUUCCAAUAAUUUUGUUGGAAAUGCAAGUGGGAACAAAUUUCUAUUGAAGCAAACAUCCAAUUUUCAGUUAUAUCCAGAACUCUACCUUUAUAAUGUUAAAUGUAGUGGCAUUUCUUAACUUUUAAAUACUUACUAGUAUAGGAAUUGGUGCUGAUCAAAAUCUCUGCAGUGACUGUUAGCUGAUUAAAAUCUAUAUUAAUUUACACAUCAUUUUUUCAUUCGUGUAAAAAACAAAAAAUCUUAACACAAUGAAUACUGCUGAGCAGAAUUUUUAUCUUCUGAUUUUGCUCAGAGGAUCAGAAUUUCCAUGCCCUUUAGACUCCUACUUGAAUGAGUCUUUUUAAUGUUCUCAUUUUGCUGUUUUUUCACCAAAUGUCUAUUUCUGACUUUAUUCCUCUAGAUGUCUCACUGAGUAUGCCUGAAAAAGAAAGAUUAUUCUAAUACAAUUCCUAACAAAAAGUUGGUACAACACUAGCUUAUUCAGAAAUUGCUCCUCAGACUUGGAUUCCAAGAGUGUCAAAAAGAUUUGGUGGGAGGCUGGGCUAGGAACCCUUGUUUUAAUGAUUUUGUCCAUAAUUAACACUGGUGACCAUAUAAGGAACAAAAUAUAUCUGCACAUUUCACUGAGACAUCUACAUUGGAAACCCCAAACAAAAAGAAAAACCAAUUCAAAUAAAAAGACAAUAUAAGAAUGAAAAUAAGUUGGUCACAUUAACACUGGAAGCCAUCUUGAAAUGACUGCUGCCAUAUUGUAUCACAGUAAUUUUUAGCCAAAUACGGCAUUUGUAAAUUUAAACUUUCUCUCAUAGAAAGGGGCCGGUACCUGUUAAAGUGUUAUUUUAUGCGAUAAUAUAGUCACUUAUUAUUUUGGCAAUUAGAAGUAGACUUAAAGGAGAUUCCAAUUUGGUUGCUGGCAGCCAUUCUGGGUUUCUUGAUUUUAGUACUCCAAAGAAUAUGGUGGUCUCAUGGAGUAGCUGACCACUAAGGAGGAGAGGAUUGAAAGGGACUCACUUAUCAGUUUUUAACAAUAGAAUGCAGUAAGAAAAUCAAUGGAUAACUGCCAUCCUUUGGUUAAGAAGUUAACUGUAUCAUAGCUCACUACUGCCAGAACAGCAACAGGUGUACAAUAAAAGAGAUGAAAAAUACAAAAGUCAUUAAGCCACCUGAUUAAAAAAGACCAAUAUUUGAAGACAUUUAAUAGAUACUGAGUAUAAAUUUGAGGAGAAGAAUCAAUCUGUAUUACCAAAAAACCAUGUUUUUGUUUCCUGUAAGAUACAAUGAACUGGUACAUUAAAAGUCAAUUUUGUGUUACUGCAUUAUCUUUUGAUUCUUCUGAGAUGUAGAAUCUUAGCUAUUUUUCUUUGUGUCAAACCCUGUAAAUAUAUUAUUUCCAAAAAAAAACGCAUUUAAUUCGUUCUUGUUCUGAUAUAUUUGACUUCAAAUUGUAAAUACAUAUGAUUUUCAUUUCCUAGUACUUUUGCAGUCUGAAAAAAAGAUCAUAUAUAUGGUGUUGCUAAAUCAAUUAUGGUAUUAUCCCAAAAUAUAUUGGCUAUUUUCUCUUUGUAUAUGACUCAAAGCAUAAUUUAUUUUUCCAGCCAGUUUAGCAAUCCCAGAAAUCUAUGGUGUUGUUGAUUAGAUCAACAUAUUUGAAAUGCUUUAUGACUUAAUCAUGGGUGCUGAAUUAAAAGAAAACUUUUUUUUUUACAUA